AUGUAUCAGGAUGUGAAAUCAUUGUAUUGGUGGACAGGUAUGAAAAGUGUCAUUGUGGAGUAUGUGUCAAAAUGCCUAACUUGUCAGCAGGUCAAGGUAGAGCAUCAGAGACCAGCAGUGUGGACUAUGUAUAUGGUGGAUCAGUACGCUCAUCUAUAUGUCAAGGAGAUAGUUAGACUUCAUGGUGCUCCAAAGUUGAUCGUUUCCGAUCGAGAUCCAAAGUUUACAUCCAAGUUCAGGGAGAGUUUGCAACGAGCAAUGGACUUUGAAGGCUCCUGGAAUAAGUACCUUCCUCUAAUCGAAUUUUCGUAUAAUAAUAUUUAUCAGAGUGCCAUUGGUAUGGCACCGUACCAAAUGCUUUAUGGGAGAAAAUAUCGUUCACCCAUUCAUUGGGAUGAAGCCAGUGAACAGAGGUAUCUUGGACCUAAUCCAGUGAAAAGAAUGAGUGAGGCCAUUGAAAAGAUUCGAGCUCACAGACCUGUCAUCAAGGAACAAACGGUUUAUAUCCUGGAUAGGAAGGAAAAAGUGUUGCUGAACAAGACUAUUCCGCUAGUCAAAGUUCUAUGGAGGAACAGAAAGAUUGAAGAGGCGACUUGGGAAUUAGAGUCGCAAAUGCGGGAGCAGUAUCCUGAGAUAUUCAAGUAA